UAAUUAUUUCGUCCUUAAAUAGUAUAGUACAGAGGGAUAUGAAGUUCCUAGCUGCUUAUUCUUCUGUGGAUCAUAUGAGAAUAUUUUUGAUGGUUUAAUACUGUAUUAUAGGCAAAGGUGCUGGGGCUUUGAUGCAGGUCUUGGUUUUAAUUUUGUUAGUUUGUUUUAUUUGGUUGGUUUGCAGAUAUAUGGUUUAUUAUUUUACUGGUUUUUUUGGGAAAGAGUUGCUUUUUGUCUUUUUUUAUAUUUGGUUUUUAUAUCUAAUAUAGGGGUUCCUCCUUCUUUGUCUUUUUUUUCUGAGUUUUUGGCUGUUGGUUCUAUGUAUUAUGGUUUUUUGUUGGGUUUUGUUGUUUUGGGUUAUUGGUUUGAUAGGUUUUUCUUUUUGCAUUGA